GGGAGACAGGGAAGCAGAGCAGAGCAGUGAGAAGCAGAGAGAGAGACACUAAGAAGGGCUCCCGUGGAGAGGAUUCACCUUCGACUGAAUGGAAACUUUCUAAGACAGAAGGGAUCAGUCCUGGGGCAUUAGUUUAACAAAAAGAGAGUCUGAUUUGACCUUCGAUCCAGUGGAUAAACAGACAUUUCUGGACAUCAUGGAUGGAGAAUCACCCAGUCAGGAGUCCACAGAGACGAGCAGUCAGACCGACACCACCACCAACAACCAGACAGAUGAGCCAGAGCUGGAGAAGAGUGAAGACACAGGGAGAGAGCCUCCAGCAGGAGAGACGGCUGGGGGUCAGGGGAUAAUGGAGGUAGGGGAAAAGGGGGAGGAGGAUUCAGUACCAGGCCAGGGAGGGGAAGAGGAGGCGAGCGCUGGAGACACAGAUAAUCCCCAGACUACUGAAGAUGACAAUGAAGAGGCUGGACGUGAUGAAGAUACAGCCUCCAUUGACACUGACGUAAAGCCUCCUGAGGCCACGAGUGGAGAAAAAGAUGGGGAGGAAGAGAGGGAGGAAAACAAGAAAGGUGGGCAAGUGGAAGAGGUCGAAAGUGGUGAGACUGGGAGAGAUGGAGAAAAGAUGAAGGACAAAAAUAAAGAGAAAGAGGAGAGGAAAACAGAGGAAAAGACAAAAGAAGCAGAAAAAGAUGUGAAUGAAAACACAGCAAAAGGGCCACAGAAGACAAAACAAGUCAAGGAAGUGGAUGUAGAGACUAAAGACAAAGGAAAUAUUAAGGAGGUAGAAAAGCAAGGGAAGCCCAAAAGAAAGAGUGGCCCUGCCUCCUCUUCCCUCUCUCGACCGAGGCCCUCCGCACGCUCUAUUCGAGCAGCCGCUAAAAACGACAUCAUUGCCAAGUUCCAGCAAGGUGCACCAGAGACACCUUUGCCCCGCAACUUCAAGAUUCAGAGGUCAUCUGCGGCUUCGGCUACAGGAGCGUCAAUCAAACAGAAGAUGCUUCAGUGGUGUCGUAACAAGACUCGCAACUAUGAGGGGGUCAACAUAGAAAACUUCUCAUCCUCCUGGUGUGAUGGGAUGGCGUUCUGUGCUCUGAUCCAUCGUUUCUUUCCUGACGCUUUUGACUACAGCUCCCUGAAUGCAAGUGAGCGGAGGAAAAACUUCACGCUGGCCUUCCAAACUGCAGAGUCCCUGGCCGACUGCUGCCCUCUACUGGAAGUGGAUGACAUGAUCAUGAUGGGUAAAAACCCAGACCCCAUGUGUGUCUUCACAUAUGUCCAGUCCCUCUGCCACAGCCUCUCCAAAAUAGAGAAAGAGAGGAAAGACAAAGAGAAGGAGGAGAAAGACAAGGCUGGUGAUGAGGGAGAAGAGAAAGAGAAAGGGGAAGAUGCAGCAGGGGAGGUGUCACCAGAGAAGGACGAGGGAGAGUCUGCUGAGAACGGGACGAUGGGGAUCCGAGAGGAGAAACAGGAAGGUGUUACAGAGACAGAGAGAACUGGAGAAGAAGAAAGUGCACCCAACAGCUGUGAGGCGGAGGGAGGUGGAGGAGUGUUAGUGGAGGCUGAGUCCUAGAAAAGUACUGACAACAAACAGAAAGACUGAAAAGACCAAAAAGAUCGUCGAUGGUUGCAGUAUUACAAUAAGUAAGUCUUAGUUUGGUGCUGGACUGACUUCUGGAGCAGAAAAGAGGUGCAUCACCUGAAAUCAAAGGUUGGCAAUGUGAUGUUGCAGUUACCUGUGUGUUUGAAAACGUACUGUGCUGUGUUUUCUUUUUCAUUCACUGCUGUGUUGUUGUUUAUGUUUGUUUUGAGCACAAAGAGCAGAAAUGUCCAGAUCCUCCAUU